GGCGGCGGCAGCGGGCGGGGCUCGGCUCGGGCUCCGCGGGCGGGCGGGCGGACAUGGCGGCCAACAUGUACCGGGUCGGAGAUUAUGUCUACUUUGAGAAUUCCUCUAGUAAUCCGUACCUCAUCAGAAGGAUAGAAGAACUCAACAAGACUGCAACUGGCAACGUGGAAGCAAAAGUAGUGUGCUUUUAUAGACGACGAGAUAUUUCCAACACGCUUAUAAUGCUUGCAGACAAGCAUGCUAAAGAAAUUGAGGAAGAAUCUGAAACAACAAUUGAGGCUGACCUGACGGAUAAACAGAAACAUCAGUUGAAACAUCGGGAGCUCUUUUUGUCACGCCAAUACGAAUCUCUGCCUGCAACACAUAUCAGGGGGAAAUGCAGUGUUGCCCUUCUGAAUGAGACAGAGUCUGUAUUGUCAUAUCUUGAUAAAGAGGAUACUUUUUUCUACUCAUUGGUCUAUGAUCCCUCAGUGAAAACACUGUUAGCUGACAAAGGUGAAAUCAGAGUGGGACCUAGAUAUCAAGCAGACAUUCCAGAAAUGCUCUUAGAAGGAGAAUCAGAUGAGAGGGAACAGUCAAAAUUGGAAGUGAAAGUUUGGGACCCAAAUAGCCCACUUACAGAUCGACAGAUUGACCAGUUUUUAGUUGUAGCACGUGCUGUCGGGACAUUCGCUCGAGCCCUUGAUUGCAGCAGUUCUGUAAGGCAGCCUAGUUUGCAUAUGAGUGCAGCUGCAGCUUCUCGAGACAUCACCCUGUUUCAUGCUAUGGAUACGUUGUAUAGGCACAGCUAUGAUUUGAGCAGUGCAAUUAGUGUCUUAGUACCACUUGGGGGACCUGUUUUAUGCAGAGAUGAAAUGGAAGAAUGGUCGGCCUCUGAAGCUAGUUUAUUUGAAGAGGCACUGGAAAAAUAUGGCAAAGACUUCAACGACAUACGUCAAGACUUUCUCCCUUGGAAAUCAUUGACUAGCAUCAUUGAAUAUUAUUACAUGUGGAAAACUACUGACAGAUAUGUGCAGCAGAAACGUCUAAAAGCAGCAGAAGCUGAGAGUAAGCUGAAACAAGUAUAUAUCCCAACUUACAGCAAACCAAAUCCCAACCAAAUAUCCACCAGCAAUGGCAAACCUGGUGCUGUGAAUGGAGCCGUGGGAACCGCAUUCCAGCCGCAGAACCCUCUCCUAGGGCGAGCCUGUGAGAGCUGCUAUGCUACACAGUCUCAUCAGUGGUAUUCUUGGGGCCCACCUAAUAUGCAGUGUAGGUUAUGUGCAACCUGUUGGCUCUAUUGGAAAAAAUACGGAGGCCUAAAAAUGCCCACCCAGUCGGAAGAGGAGAAGUUACCUCCCAGCCCAGCUACAGAGGACCCUCGAGUUCGAAGUCACAUGUCUCGCCAGGCCAUGCAGGGGAUGCCGGUCCGAAACACUGGGAGCCCAAAGUCUGCAGUGAAGACCCGUCAAGCUUUCUUCCUUCACACUACAUAUUUCACAAAAUUUGCUCGUCAGGUCUGCAAAAAUACCCUCCGGCUGCGGCAGGCAGCAAGACGGCCGUUUGUUCCUAUUAAUUAUGCUGCCAUUAGGGCAGAAUAUGCAGACAGACAUGCGGACCUAUCUGGAAGUCCACUGAAAAGCAAAAGCACUAGGAAACCUUUGGCAUGUAUCAUUGGGUAUUUAGAGAUCCAUCCUUCGAAGAAACCUAAUGUAAUUCGAUCUACACCAAGCCUACAAACCCCAACUACCAAGCGGAUGCUAACCACCCCGAAUCACACGUCUCUGAGCAUUUUGGGGAAAAGAAACUACAGUCAUCACAAUGGCCUGGAUGAAUUCACAUGCUGCGUGUCAGACUGAGCUAUCCCUGUUUAAUCCUAUAACCCA